AUGCUAAGGCUCACAUUGAACAGUCUAAGACGACUACCGGCAACCCGGAACGGGCUUAGUGGGUAUCAAUUUCCUUCAUUAUAUCUGUCUAUAUUACCUAGACGAUACAACUGGGUUACACCGAACAAACGAUAUAAAAGAAGCCGACCGCUGAUAGAAAUUCUUGAAGGAGAAUCACUUACUAAAGACAAUAUCUCAAGUAACAUUCAUGACUUAAAGCAUUAUUUGAAAAGCACAGAGAUCCCAUCGAAUCUACGCCAGAAACUUUUGCAGACCAAAUUAUUGGCGUUGAUAGACCAACUUGAUGAUUCUAAUGUGACCAAAGAAGUGUUGGCGGUUGUAAAUAACGUUUUCACAGCGUUAAGGAAGGAAAAGGGAGUAGAGAAUGUUUUGUCUUCUGAUGUGGCACAGUCCCUUUUCAUUAAGACGACUGAUGCUGUGAAGAAUACUCCAACUUUGCCCGUUCCAGAAUUCAUGCUUGGCUUAACUCAACUUUUCGUGAAGCCCGAGAAUGAAUGUCCUUCGCUGGUUCUAGUGAAAGUCAUUCAACUUGGGCAGGGGCUCAAGUUUAGCAGCUUUCCAAUGGUCUUAUCCUAUAUCACAAAAAACAAGGCCGAGUCUCUCCCAUCUGAUUUUACUAAGGUAACAUUUCUGCAUUUUCAAGAGGAACAAGAGUUAGAUCUUAAUAAAUUCGAAGGAUUUUUGACAGUGGCAUCCUUAGAAGAGACAAACCAUGUCCUCAUCAAUCGAGAUUUCUGCGAUGCUCUCAUCAAUUACAUUGAAUCUCUAUUCGCAGAUUCGAAUCCCGAAACUCACGAAUACAAGGAUUUAAACAAGAACUUGUAUCGAAUUCAAGCGGCUGUGAAUGACACCAUUUCUAAGAGCCUUCCAAACAUCGAUGCAUAUAUGAAAAUGAAGUUGCUAAAACUCAAGUCGGAUUUGAAUUCCGUUGUUUCUAAUGACUCUGAUAUCCUAAAAUGCGAAGAGGUUUUGGAAAGUAUUAGUUCUGAUGGUUUGACGAAAGUCAAGACAACUUUAGAGGAAUCUGAAGACGACACUGUUAUAGAAGCUACAACAGAAGCACUUCUACUUGAAUUGGCAAAACACAAGUCAAAGUUUAUUGAAAUGAUACAGUUUGUUUGUGAUUUUAUUUCAAAAGAUCAAGGAAAGUUCUCAGAACAACUCAAGUUUAAGGCUCAAUUGUUGUGUUUGCUCAAUGAUCCAGUCGAGUCCGAAGAAGAAAUUUAUGAGAGAGUUAAAAACCUUUACGUUUCCUACCUUAAGGUAUAUCCAGGUGCCUCCGAAAUGUACACCGAUAUUGUCCAAAUAUCCCUUUUCGCCGAUGUUGUUCGUCCAGAUGGAGAAUUUUUAGAUCUUUUACGAAAAGACUUUCUGGCAACAGAAUAUGAGCCCUCUAUUUUGUCUUUCAAAUAUCUCAUCGACAAAUCUAUUCAACAGGGGAAGAUAGAAUUAGCUUAUGAUUUGUUUCAACAAAGUUUGAAAGUGACGUCUGUGCAUUGGAACCUUCUGGAUGAUCCGAGAAUAUUUUUCACUUUGAACAGACUCAUUAUAUCAGUGUGUGAGCAAGGGAACGAUAUAAAUAUGACGUUUGAUAAAUUCCGCUUCAUUAGGCAACAUUUGGCCUCCCAAGUAUCCGUCGAGGCCUUAACAUGUUUAGCUUCCAGAAUGUUACUGGAGGAAUGCGUUGGAGAUACUAUCGAGUUGCUCAAGCGUGAACUUCCAAAUAUUGAAAAGCUAUCUACUCAGAAGAUUCCUCUUUCUCCUUCCUGUUACCAGCCAUAUUAUGAUCUUUUUCACUUGUUACACAACUUUGUUUUGACAUACGAUAAUGAGAAAACUUACGAAACAAACUGGGUACUCUAUGGCGAGUUACACAAGUACUUUCAUAUUCCAUUCGACACUUAUCUACCCACUUUACAGUUUUUUUGCAAUGUUGACCGUUUGAACGCCGCCUUGGUUAUCUUUCGGCAAAUAAAAAUGCUCAACGACUUGCAUGGAUCUCAUCAUGUGAACCUCCCGCCUCUGAGAGAAAUAUAUAUGUAUUUACUUCGAACAUUUGGCGACAGGUUAUAUGAAGAGGGUGUUGUCGAGAUCCAUGAAUACCUAAAAAUGGACACAGAUAUCGAGAAACAAGACGUGGAUCUACAGAACUGCGUGCUUAAUGCCUAUUCAAAUUUGCAAAAUGUCGGAAAAGUGAGAGAUCUUUUCCUUGCACUCUCAGCGGACGCAAAAGAAAGCGGAGGUAUUAAUGAAGAUACAAUACAAAUCAUGAUAAAGACAUAUACAUACAGCGAUAUGUUAUAUGUGAAGAAAUUCUGGAAUAACUUAUCUCAGUUCGGUAUUUUCCCGAAUUAUGGCAUAUACAAGCAGUAUGUGAUUGCUCAUGUCUACCAUGGAUUUGUCGAGGAGGCAUUUAAAUUGAUUGAAGAGAUCGACGACUACAACAUUGAGUUUUCCUCCGACAUGAUGCUUGCCAUGUAUAAUUUCUGCCUCGAUCCAGAAAAGCAACUUCAAGUGGUUGACUGGGCAAAAAAAAACCAUAAAGAAUUGUGGGAUGUCGUUUCAAGCAGUGGUUUGCUUAAGCCUGCUUCUGGGUAUGCACCAGACCAAAACUUACUAUUAAAGCCACAAGAAGAAUAA